UUUUCCUUUAAAGGACGCAAAGAGUUAUUUUAGACACUUCUGCCUACAAAUGUAAACUGUAUUCGAAUUCACAGUAUUUAGAUGUAGAUAAAAUGGAAGACUCAAAAGUUACUGAGAAAAACUGUAUGAAAACCUCUGAAGCGUACAAAGUUGACGAUGACCUGCCGCUACGAUUUCUUCAACCCGACGUAGUCAAAGGUUAUAGAACUAAAGAGCCUCACCCGAUAUAUCGCAGUACCAACAUGAUUUAUGGUUCGAAGAGCCCGACGGUUCACGAAGUACCGGUCACAUAUCAACCUCGAUCGCAAAGAUUUUCGACACAUCUUGGAGUUUGUGGAAUGUACAGAAAUCAUUCACUGAAUACAUACGUUGAGAAAAGUGUCGUCACUCAGCCUGAUAAUGCCGGACUAACCUCUGUUGAUCGAUUAAACUUUCAUAAAAGUUAUACUCCUAAUCCCAAUGUCAGCUAACUAUAAAAGUUGAGAAUUUCAAUGAAAAAAAAACUAUUUGCCAUUCCGCAUGUGUACGCAUUUAUUUUUAUCGCAACUAUUCUUGAGAUUAUAUCGUGGAUUUUGCUUGCGUGCUCAGUCCAUCAGCUCAUAACAAAUAAAUAAAAUUUAAGAUAUUUUAAUUAAGAGUUUGCUUAUCAAUUGUUUUUUGUACCAUCACGUGCGCAAUUAUUCUAUAAAUGUUAUUACUGCAUUAAAAUUAUACGAUCAAUAGUCACACACUCAUUGAGGUGUUUUAGAGUUUUUUAUACACCUCAAUAAUUGACACAGUGUUUCUUGGAGUGUAAUAUGGUCUUUAAUAUUUAUCAUGCCAUAUUAGGGAAUUGGGAGGUUAUACCCAAAUUUUUCAUGUUUUCAGUCUCGUAACUCUUUGUAUCGUAUUAUUGUAAGGUAUAUAUUAUGUGCUCGUAACUUUAUAAUUAUAAAUUAUCAACUA